CUCGAGUUCGUUUUCUUUGGCCACGUCAUCUUCCCUCUCCGAAAAAUUCGUCCUUGAUCUCCGCGCCAUUUAGUUCCGUGUCUGCACCGCCUCCUCGCGCAAUUCCCCUAAGAAACCACCAGUGAAAACGCGGAAUAUUGUUCCUUGUUGGGUAUAAUAUAUUUCGGGUCGGAUAUUUGAUUGCUAUGAUGCAAAGCUAUGCGUCCCUUCUGCUGCGUUUCCACCGUUAACAGCACCAACCGCGAUUCCUCGCUGUUGCCAGUUUCCCAGCCGCAGCCUCCGCAGCCUCCGCCGUCUGCCGCCGCGGCCAGAUCGUCGGAGUCGUUGACUUCCUCUGGAAAUCAAAAUCACAACCAAAAUCACAAUCACGUUCCUCACAACUACUUGCAUCAUAGCAAUCGGAUUCUGACCGAGCCUUCAUCCGCUUUGAGGCUGGCGUCCGGCGGAAUGGAUGGUCAACUUCACCCGCAGCAAGUGAAGAUCAACGACAUAGUGGGGGAUGGCAUUUCUGGAAUCUUGUACAAGUGGGUGAACUACGGAAAGGGGUGGAGGCCGAGGUGGUUCGUGUUGCAGGAUGGAGUUUUGUCUUACUACAAGAUCCACGGGCCUGAUAAGAUCAUCUUAAGUCCUGAAACUGAGAAGGGUUCAAAAGUCAUAGGUGAGGAGUCAUUGCGUGUGAUAUCCCGUUCAAACAGACCUUACAAUGCUAAUUCCUCUCAGGAAAGCCAAUGCCCUGUAGGCGAAGUUCAUCUCAAGGUUUCGUCGAUACGAGAGAGCAAGUCAGAUGACAAAAGGUUUUCAAUUUUCACGGGAACAAAGAGGCUACACCUGAGGGCUGAGACAAGAGAAGAUAGAAUAGCUUGGAUAGAAGCACUUCAAGCUGUGAAGGAUAUGUUCCCAAGACUUUCUAACAGUGAGUUAAUGGUUCCUUUGGAGAACAUUUCUGUUUCAACAGAGAAGUUACGGAAGCGCCUGAUGGAAGAGUGCUUGAGUGAAGCUGCCAUCCAGGACAGUGAGCGGAUCAUGAGGGAUGAAUUUUCAUUACUGCAGAAUCGAUUGCUGCUUUUUAAACAGAAGCAUCGGCUACUCAUUGACACACUUCGCCAAUUAGAGACCGAAAAAGUUGAUUUGGAAAACACAGUGCUGGAUGAGAGUCAAAGGCAAGCAAGUGGUGUUGGGCCAUCUGUUAGAUUGAGGCAGGACAAAUACAGUGAGGCAAGUGCGAGUGACUCAGGAGAUGACAAUGAAAGGGUUGAUGCUGCAGAGGAUGACACGGAUGAAGAAGAGAAAAUGUUCUUUGAUACUAGAGAUUUUCUGUCAUCAAGUUCUUUUAAAAGCAGUGGCUCUGGUUGUCGGACACCCUCAUUCUCUUCAGAAGAUGAUCUCUAUGUGUUUGCAUCAGAUGAGAGUGUUGACCCUGUGAUUAGAUCUGCAUCACUGAAGUUCCCUUAUAUCAAGCGCAGAAAGAAAUUGCCAGUUCCUGUUGAGAAAGAGAAGGGAGUGAGUUUAUGGUCAAUGAUUAAAGACAAUAUUGGGAAAGACUUGACAAAAGUUUGCUUGCCUGUCUAUUUUAACGAACCUCUUUCUUCACUUCAAAAGAGUUUUGAAGAUUUGGAAUAUUCAUAUCUUGUUGACCGUGCUUCUGAAUGGGGAAAGAGAGGCAAUAGCCUUAUGAGGAUUCUGAAUGUAGCUGCAUUUGCUGUAUCUGCCUACGCUUCUACAGAGGGAAGGAUUUGCAAGCCCUUCAAUCCAUUGUUAGGAGAAACGUAUGAGGCUGACUAUCCAGACAAAGGUGUCCGUUUUUUCUCAGAGAAGGUAAGCCAUCACCCCAUGAUUAUAGCAUGUCAUUGUGAGGGUACAGGGUGGAAACUUUGGGGUGAUAGCAAUUUGAAAAGCAAAUUUUGGGGUCGCUCAAUCCAGCUAGAUCCUGUUGGUGUUUUAACUCUAGAGUUUGAUGAUGGUGAAGUUUUCAAGUGGGGCAAGGUAACGACAUCAAUAUAUAAUCUGAUUUUGGGAAAACUAUAUUGCGAUCAUUAUGGCACAAUGCGCAUCCAUGGAAAUUCUAACUACUCAUGCAAAUUGAAGUUUAAGGAGCAGUCUAUUAUGGAUCGAAAUUCCCAUCAGGUACAGGGAACUGUCCAAGAUAAGAGUGGGAAGACAGUAGCUACUUUAUUCGGUAAAUGGGAUGAGAGUAUGCUCUAUGUUAAUGGAGAUCACUCCAAAGGAUAUUCACUGGACUCUAUGUCAGAAGCUCAUCUGCUUUGGAAACGGAGCAAGCCUCCUAAGGACCCAACCAGAUACAAUUUGACACGAUUUGCCAUCACUUUGAAUGAGCUCACCCCUGUACUCAAGGAAAAGUUACCACCAACAGACUCUCGGCUAAGGCCUGAUCAGAGAUGUCUGGAAAACGGUGAGUAUGAGAAAGCAAACUCAGAAAAACUGCGACUGGAGCAGCGGCAACGGCAGGCUCGUAGAAUGCAAGAACGAGGCUGGAAGCCACGAUGGUUUUCCAAGGAGAAAGAAAGUGAUACGUAUCGCUAUGUUGGUGGUUAUUGGGAAGCAAGGGAGCAGGGAAACUGGGAUUCUUGUCCGGAUAUUUUUGGUCAGAUCCCGUCUGACAAGAUACUGGUUGAUUGGUCCAGUAAUUAAAAAGCUCCUCCAGCUUUUCGUGGCUUUGAUUUUCCCUUUCUUUUUCAUGCCACAUUACAUUUCCCCCCCUUUUCAUCAUGAGAAAGCCUUUUCAUCAUGACUCAUGAGAAAGGAUAGCUUUCCCAAUCCUCCAUAUAUACCUAGCAUUUUAAUCCGUGUCGUGCACGGGUCGAACAAAUAUUUUUUAUUAUGUUAUUUUUUUCGCAGUAAAUGAUUAAGAAAUCG